CUGACAAGGAGGGCACGAGCGGCACAAGGGUUGCCAUGGCAACGGUAACCUAACGUAACGUCCGUUGAUUUAAAAACCAUGAAGGUGCUGCCGUCCUCCCGCUGAGGUAACAACAGACGAGAAAGAAGAUGGAGUUUGAGACGACGGAGACUGUUCGCUCGACACCGAGCCGCCACGAGAAAAGUUUGGGGCUCCUCACGAUGAAGUUUGUCAGUCUUCUCCAAGACGCGAAGGAUGGCGUCCUUGAUUUGAAAGUGGCUGCAGACAGCUUGGCAGUGAAACAGAAGAGGAGGAUAUAUGACAUCACCAAUGUACUAGAAGGAGUGGGGUUGAUCGAGAAGAAAAACAAGAACAUAAUCCAGUGGAGGGGAGAGAACUCAGGCAGCCAAACUCAGGAGGUGGUGGAGCAGGUAAAGUCUUUGAAGGCCCAAAUCUCUGAGCUGGAGGCCCAAGAGAAAGAGCUCGACAACCAGAAGUCAUGGCUAGAGGAGAACAUCAAACACCUAAACCAUGAUCCCAUCACCAGUGCUUAUAAAUUUGUGACUCAUGAAGACAUCUGCAAUGCCUUCAGUGGAGACACUCUUCUUGCUGUAAUGGCUCCUGCUGGGACUCAGCUGGAGGUAGCGCUACCUGAAAUGGGCCAGAGUGGUCAGAAGAAAUACCAGGUGAACCUACGUAGCCACUCGGCACCCAUCCAGGUCAUGCUCAUCAACAGAGAUUCAGACUCCACAAUACCUGUCGUCUUCUCUGUGCCACCCACUGAUGACAUCUGUCAAGUGCCAACUCCACCCAGCACCCCUGCAAGCCUUCAGAGGUUUCCUCUGUCAACAUCCUUGUACUCAACCUCCAACACCACCUCCUCCUACUGCAGCCAGGACUCUCUCUGCUCAGACCACCAGAUGGUGCUACCAGAACAUGAUGACGUGCUGACUCCAUCUUCCACCCCUUCUGACAUACAUAUUGGUUGUCACAGUCAGUCAGCAGCAGUGUUGGAGCAGCAGCAGAUGGACCUGGAGGGCUCAGAGUUCCAGUCUGUACUGGACAUGAGCAGCCUGCUGAAGCUCAGCUCUGCUGGAGUCCACAUGAAGGACGACAGAGAGGGAACUGUUGACCUGAUUGAUGAGCUAAUGUCCACUGAUGGUAUUGACUACAGCUUCAACCUGGACGACAACGAGGGAGUGUGUGACCUGUUUGAUGUGCAGAUCCUAAAUUACUGAGUACUAACAGCACCUCUGCUGUUUGCUUAUACAAGCUUGUGGAGGACUUUUUUCCAUUUAAAAAUUGCACAGCUGGGACUUAAAUGUAUUGUUGUCACGAAAUCCUUUACACACAUUACGCUUGACCACUGUCUGCCAGAUGACCUGUUUGUUAUCCUGGCCCUUUGCCUCAGCCAACACAAAACUAAGUGCCUGAAUUAGUUUACAAUAACUUGAUGAUGAUUUACUGGAUAAAUAUUUACAACAUUCCAGAGAAAUGGGGUGAGAAAGUAAGCCAGGACAAACCCUUAAAAUCUCCUACUGAUGUUUUGCAUGCACAAAUCUCUGUAUUGUACACAUCCAGUGGAAGAACAACUGGUUUACUUGGUGUAUGUUCAGUUAAGAUUGUGACAGUGUUUUCUCCAGCUGACUUACAGUAUUGGCCUCUUUCUAUCAUUCGAUACAGGGUUGAUGAUCUAGUUCAGGGUAUGCAAGUAAUUGUCUUUACAUUGAAAGCAUAUUGUGUAACAUAACAAACUCCAUAGUUAUAUUUCAUACAAAGACAUAUUGUAUUUAAUGAGUGAAUGUUUUGGUUGCGUUCUGUUACCUUGUUCUUGUGUGAAAAUGCCAGAAAGUUUUGUUUUCUAAAUUAUUGAGACACUGCCGUUUUAGGCCUCUUGAGUUUUUGUUUUUAAAAAAAAGUCUUAAGUACAGUUAUAUAUUGAAUAAUUAAUAUUUUUUACUUAAUUUAAAAAUAAUACUUGGUUCAAGUUUGUUGAAACUGAAGCUGUUUGACUGCCUUAAUCGUCAUUUAAAAAGUGAAUUGGCCAUAUUUUUGAUCUGACAUAUCAGAUGUUAAGAGCCCUAAGUGGAAUUUUUGUACAUUUAUAGUUUUAUUUGAUUACAAGAAGUCUUGUCUUUUGUUACAAUUUGUUGUUUUUUGCACAUUUUUUAAAUGUUUCUCAAUAAAUUGACAUGAUCUUGAUUUACAAAC